CCCCCCCCCUUAUUAAAUAAAAAGGCCUCUAUUGAUUCUUCUGUUGGAGUAUUUCAAAACUUGGCUGGAAGUUUUUUUUUUUUUAGUUUUUUUUGGGGGGGAGGUAAAAAGUUUGCGUGUGGAAGUAGAGGAGGAUUUUUCCAGCCUGUGGAAAAAUGGAUGCGGGUAUAGAGAAGGAAUGCAGCGCCUUGGGAGGGCUCUUCCAGCUCAUCAUGAACGACAUGAAGGCCAGUUAUCCUACAUGGGAGGACUUUGUAACCAAAGGAGCGAAGCUACAAUCACAGCUCAGGACGACCAUCUUGGUGACCGGAGCUUUCCUGGAUGCUUUUCAGAAAGUGGCAGACAUGGCGACCGGAACCAGAGGUGCCACCAAGGAGAUCGGCUCAGCGUUGACGAGGAUGUGUAUGAGACACCGCAGCAUCGAGUCCAAACUCAAACUGUUCACCACAGCUCUCUCAGAAAGUCUCAUCACCCCGCUGGAGUUGAAGAUGGAGGAGUGGAAAAAGGUGGCCAGUCAGCUGGACAAAGACCACGCUAAAGAGUAUAAGAAGGCCAGAGCAGACAUCAAGAAGAAAUCAUCAGACACCAUCAAACUGCAGAAGAAGGUCAAGAAAGGGAAAGACGAGGCGCGGGGCCAACUGGACAGCGCGCUGCAGGAUGUCAACGUGCGUUACGCCGUCCUGGAAGAGACAGAGAAGCGAGCGGUUUGCAGAGCGCUGAUAGAGGAAAGAGCGCGCUACUGCAGCUUCGUCACCAUGCUGAAGCCUGUACUGGACCAUGAGAUCAACAUGCUGGGUGAAGUGACCCACCUGCAGACCAUUCUGGAAGAUCUGACCAACCUGACAGCUGAGCCCAAUAAACUCCCACCAGCCAGCGAGCAGGUGAUUUUGGACCUGAAAGGUUCUGAUUUCAGCUACACCUAUCAGACGCCUCCAGCCUCUCCCAGUAACACUCUGUCCAGGAAGAGCAGCAUCAGCAGUAACUACCAGUCUGGAUCAGUGAGACACGUUCCCUCCUUGGACUCUAUCAGCUGUGCUGUGGAUGGAGUUCACAUCCAGGAUGCGGUUGGCUCCACCAAUCAGCUCGCUUCUGGGAUGAGCGGAGGAGCGGAAAACGGGCUGUUGGCCCCCCCACACAAUGUCUACACACACCAUGGAGAGAGAGCCCGCGCCAUGUCUGCAUCUGGGAAGUCUUGCUCGGCCCGUGAUCAGUUGGCGUUGACGUUGGGUGUGUUGAAUUCGGACGCCCCGAGGAGCAGCAGGGACUCUCUGCACUGUUCCAGCGGCUACAGCACCCAGACCACCACCCCGUCCUGCUCCGAGGACACCAUACACACACACAUUGACUACGAGUCCAUCUCUCUCCACGGAGACGCCGACUCCAUCUCUUUACAUCACCUCUCCCACGGCAACAGCCAAUCAGACUUCGACAAGUCCUCGACCAUCCCGAGGAACUCCGAUCUCAGUUUCCAGUACAGGAAGUUUGCUCAGUCCCAGCGCCCCGCCUCCACCGUCAGCCUGUUGGCGGAGCCGGAGCUGAUCGGCGGAUCCGUACGCCAGCUGCAGUCUCACACGGCAACCAUCAGACGCAAACCGUCGUCCAAGCCGGCGUAUCGCAGGGGUACGAUCAGCGGGGGGGUCCCCAUCCCCAUCUGCACCCCGCAGAUCCCCCUCAAAGCCAUCGCGGGAAACGGCGGCAGCGAUGAGAAUGUUUUCACAGUGCCCUCUGCUGGAGGAGCGGGAGGUUUAGGCCACAGUAAACUCUGCACCUCCACGCAGAGCCUCAGCGCUCUGCCUCCUUCCUCCUCUUCUUCUUCCUCCCCGUACUACCAGCUGGUCCCGGGUCAGAUGCCCAUCCCGGUGCCUGUACCCACCGUACCCUCCCUGCCGCCGGAGGGCAGCAACGCCAAACAGCAUCAACAGAGACAGUACCUACAGCAACAACAGCAACAACAGCAACAGAUCAACCAACAGUUAAAUCAUCAGCAGCAAAGCGGUCAACUGCAGCAGCACAACCAGCAACUUCAGAUCCAGCAGCAGCAGCAAUAUCAGCAGCAACAGUUUCAUCAUCAGCAGCAGCAGCAACAGUUUCAUCAGCAGCAGCAACAGUUUCAAUAUCAACAGUUACCGCUUCAGCAACCGCAGCAGCUGCAGCAUCAACAGGAUCUGUAUCAGCAGCAAGACCACCUGCAGAAGCAGAAGCUGUUCCUCCAGCAGCAGCAGCAGCAGCAUCAGGCCUCCGCCGCCCAGGGAGAGCCCUCCGGUCUGGGCCACAGCGCUCACUACCAGCCCCAGGCUCCUCCGCCCUCCAUCCAGGACCAGAACCCGGAGCAGCUGACCCAGGACGGAGGAGGAAACAUGCUGAACCUCAUCAGAGGGGUAAAACUCAAAAGGACCCUGACCAACGAUCGCUCCGCCCCUCAGCUGCCCCCUCCGGCCAAUCACAAAUGAAGCUGAACGAUUGUUUUGCUUCCCUGCUGGUUAACUGUUAUGUUUAAAUGGUUUCGUGCACCUAAAAGUGGCGACAGAGCGUGUCGGCACAAAGCGAAAUCAAACACGUAGACUUCCUGUUCAGUACAGAUGGCGGACUUGACGAACACGCUGAUUAAUCGCUGGAACUCUACGUGUGUCUUGUUUUAUUUUAAGUUCUGUCGUUUAGAUCUCUGUUUUUUUCUCUGUUGAUUUUGUUGUCAUUUCCUGUUGCUGCAGCGACCAUCUUUUGCCUUUUUUUUUUUGUUUGGUUAGUGUUUGCAUUAUGAAUGUGGAUAAAAGUUUUUGUUUGACCCAGUCUUAACUAUGGAACUGUUGAUUGUUUUAGUUAGUACUCACUUCCUGGUCAGACGAUUGUUAUGUGGCUUGUUAAUUAGCCAGACAGGAAGCUCUUAGCGUCUCAGAUCCUCUUGAGUUCUGGGUGUGUUUGAUUUGCCUUUUUUCGCCUAGACUCCCAGGCGGGUGGGGGUGGGGUUUAUUAACUAGUUCAAUAGCUCCACUGUGUCACAUGGUUGAACCAUGGCGUGUUGAUGUUUUCAUUUGCUGGCUGUGGGUCAGUAGCGGGUACGGUGUAUCUGAACGGCGAGUGGCGGUGUUCGGUUCGGUCUCGGAUCAUCUCAAAGAGUCAAACACAGAACCUGAAGGUCAUGACUCUGGAACAAAACAUCGACUGGAUCUGUAGAUUGUAAAUAUGUUAGAACAAAACAAAACAAAAAAAAAGAAACGCUUUGGGAGCAGCCGAGGAGGUUGUGAUUUGCUGAAUUUCACGUCCUCAAAGGUCGCUCACUUCCUCUCCCCACAUACAGAAAUUUUAACUGACAAAUUUUUAACUGUUUCCACCUUUGGGAUGCCAAAUGGUGCAGCUGAAGGUCACUACUUGCGGAAAAGGAUUAGAAAUGUUAUUUUUGGGCGGUGUAAAUAAUCAGCUGGUUAAUAUUCAGAAUAAUUUGUUGGCAACUUUUAGAGGCAACAUUGAUGUUGGAGAAGCAGAUCGGCGACUGUGGACCACAUUUUUGCUGAUAACAUAGCGGGCUAUGAGGAGCAGAACUAUAAAGGUUCACAUUAAAAGAACUUUGAUGUCUUUCUGUUUCUAUAGACGCAGGAUCUAAUAUGUUUAAUAAAGACACUGCUAGAAUUUUUGCUUUUGUUUGAGUGUUUCGAUCAACACACUUAACUGGAAAUCUUCCAAUUCUGCUAAUUUACCUGCUAACGGCCUCCUUCAGAGUACUGCGUGCAUUCAGUCAGCGUUUAUUUAUCUUUUAUUUAUCUACAGAGUUUGGUCGGGUUCCAAUAGCUGGCUCUAUUGUGGAUCCAUGUUGCUGAAACAUUUGGAUUUGUUAUCAUGUAAAUCUAAUUAAUCCCCUUCAUCCAGUCCAAUAUCGUUCUUUUAUUAAUCAACAGAGAGCACACAUACAAUCCCUGCUUCCAGACCUCUGAAUCACUGCCCACAUUUCUGAAAAUGUGUUGUAACUAAUUGAUGACUGUUUCCCCCUUUUUAGGAAAAAAACAACAACAACCAGGCCAAUCAAAGCUUUGUACACAGGAUUAGACAUGAGGACGUAAUCUCCUGAGCCAGAACCAGAAAAAUAACAGCAAGGUUGCACGCAGUGCGCCUGCAGCAGCUACACGUUCCAAUUAACCGACAUCACACAGUUAUCCGUCCUAUAUGCUGUUAAAAAAUAAGAAAUGUAAAUAUUUUAAAACAAGCUAAGAAAUGCACAAACCCACAUCACACCACCACAGCGCACUGCUUCAUUUCUAAGUCAAUUACAGACCUGACAUGUAACACUUGACCUUCCAGUAUUAUAUCCACGCCAACAGCUGCAGCACAGAUAUGUAUCAGCUGCAACAUUUUCUGCUCUGCUUGUCACCUUUCAACAUGAAAAUAAACGUAACAAUAUAGAUUAAUAUGAAACAGGUACCUCAAUUCUUAAGUUUUUAGGGUGUUCUGUGUUAAUUAAGGGAUCCAAGAUCCCCUGAGACCCCCCUAUUUUGCACACUGGUCUUUAAUUGACAUGACAAAUAUUAAGUAAACUGCUCCUAAAGCAACAGAUACCAGAGCUUCAGUUCUCCCAAACAGAAAACAUUAACACCAGGUUAGAAAUGACAGUUCAGUCUGAAUAUCAGGGUUCAUGCACAAAACUUUCAGGUCGUCUUUAAUUGUAAAUAUCAAAUCCAUCUGGUGAAACUUGACUUUUUUCUUUAAUGUCAUUUUUUUGACUUGUGUUAUUUCAAAAGUUGUUAAUAAGCCAAACGCAGACGUGGGUCGGAGCAGAGAUUCAGACGGACGAGGGUUUGAUAACAUAACUAUGAACCCCAGCGGUACUGCAGAGCAGUAUCAAGAAAGUUCUGAUGCUAAGAAAGGGUCAAAGGUCAUAUCAACCAGCUGUUGACCAUAAACUUGACUGCUGUCUGUUUUUAUGUCGAUGCUGAAAAAGACGUGUUGCCUCUAAAAGUUGCCUGCCGAGCGUCGCUGUCGAAGCGCGCUGGGAUGCAGGGCCGUAGCUACCGCUGACGUCACUGAGGUCAUUUCCUGUUAAUAUUUUGGGGGAAUUUGAAGGAUUUAAUGACGUGAGGAGAAGUUUACUAGAGAUGCAAGUAUCAAGUUUUUUUUUUUUUAUUGUUGAUUAUUGUUUUGUUUAAUCAUUUUGGUCUGUAGUGAACAGUGUCCAUCAUAAUUUCCCAGAACCCAAAGUGUCGUCUUCACAUGUCUUGUUCAAAACCCAAAGAUAUUCAGUGCACUGUUGUAGAAGACUCAUAAAAUCACAUUUUGAGAA